CGCGCGAGAACUGACAUGGCGGCUGAAAUUUAAUUCAUGUUAAAUUUCUCCUAAUAACUUUAAUUUACAUAGUAUUUAGACUGUUCAUAACUGCAAAAUGUCUUCCCCUGAGACGGAAAGAUUUGAGGUGACAGAAGAUGAUUUAUACAAUGAAUUUAACCCUAACAGGCCUAGUUGGAGGCAGACUAAAAAUCAAGCAACAUAUGGUAUAUGGCAUCAUGAUAGUGAUGAUGAUGAAGAUGAGAGACCAGGAUUCGGAGGCGGGAGAAAAAAACGUACCAAAGAUAUGUCUGUGCCUGUCAGCUUUAUAAGUGGAGGAUAUAAGGAUAAACGUGAUAACAAGGAUUAUAAAGAAGGAGAGGGUGAUGGCCAGGGGGAAGAUGAGCCAGUGGACGAAAAUAAGACACUCUAUGCACGAGAUUUCAUCCUAGGGGGUCAGGCAGGGAGUAAGACAGGUACAACAUAUGGUAAGAAGGUGAAGAAGCCGAAAGUCAACUACCCUGGAGGACAGAGGGUGGUUGGGAUGAAUCCGGGAGAUGAUCAAUUUGGGAACUGGGAAAAGCAUACCAGUGGAAUUGGAUUAAAACUAUUAGCUAAGAUGGGGUAUGAACAAGGAAAAGGUCUUGGAAAGAACCACCAGGGAAUUGCGACACCAGUUGAGGCAUUCAAACGCAAGGACACAAAAGCUACUAUAGGAUAUCAUGGAUCAGAGAGGACGCAAAGAUCACUGAAAGACUUUCCGCAGCAGGUUGAUUCAGAGGAGGAAGAAGACAAACAGUUUCAACAACAGCUUUCUCAGUGGAAAAAAGCACCUGAGGCAAAUAAGAAAUUGAAGCCUAAGUAUACGUAUAAAACAGCUGAUGAAGUUAUCACAAAGGGUGGCAAGAAAAAAUCUGUAAAACAGAGCCAUUUAUCCAAGGUCAAGGUCAUUGACAUGACAGGCAAGGAGCAGCGUGUUCUCUCAGGAUAUCGUGCAAUCAGUUCUCGUCAUGAUCGUCCGGAUGAGAGCUCUUCAGAAGAGGAGGAGAUAAUUGACAGAAAAAAGCCGAAGAAGGCAUUUGAGAUGCCCGAACUGAUGCAUAAUCUGAACAUACUCGUAGAUAUGGCAGAGGAGGAAAUCAUUGAAAACGACAGAAAAUUGAAAUAUGAGAGAGAUCUUGUAGUGAACCUGAAAUAUGAGCAUGAGAAGAUGGAAAAACUUUGUGAAGAGGAAGCAAAGCAAUUAAAGAAAAUCAAUGAGCUGUUUGCAAUUGUAUCAAGUUGUGAGGCACGUACAAAAGAAGAGUGUGAAAAUCGUAUCAGUCUCGAUGAAUGCGCAGACAUCUUUACAGAGCUGCAGGAACAGUAUUAUGAAGAGUACAAGAUAUAUGACUUGAAUUCGCUGGCUGUAGCUAUGGUUUUUCCAUUGGUGAAGACUUAUUUUGACAACUGGGAGCCUUUAAAGAAUAAUAAAGUGGGACUUUUAACCAUUCAAAAGUGGAAGAAUAUUUUAGAAGAUCCAAACAGAAGAUUUACACACAGUCAGAGCAGUAUGGAUGCCUAUGAGAGGCUAAUGUGGGAAAUAUGGAUGCCAUUCCUGAGAGCUGUUAUUCAAAAACAGUGGUCCGUUAGGGACAGUGACAGCCUCAUAGAGCUCUUAGAGAAUUGGAUGCCUGUGCUACCUCAGUGGAUCCUUAAUAACAUCUUAGAGCAACAGGUCAUGCCUAAGCUGAAUGAAGAAGUAGAGAACUGGGACCCUACUACUGAUACAAUGCCAAUCCAUGCCUGGUUGCACCCAUGGUUACCAUUGCUAGGUGAGCGACUGCAGCCUUUGUAUGCCUCAAUACGUCACAAACUCUCCAAAGCACUCUCACAAUGGCACCCAUCAGAUCCCUCUGCGAAGAUGAUUCUGACACCAUGGGUGAAAGUAUUCAAACGAGGCCACCUUGAUGCUUUCUUAGUGAAGAAUAUAGUUCCUAAGUUGUUACAGUGUAUGCAGGAGUUUGUUGUUAACCCUCAUCAACAGCAGCUAGACCCUUGGAACUGGGUGAUGUCAUGGCAUGAUAUGCUUCCCAUCACUAGCAUGACAACCAUCUUGGAGAAAGCAUUCUUUCCAAAGUGGCUGCAAGUUCUUGCCACGUGGCUAGCAAGCAACCCAGAUUACAAUGAAGUGACUAAAUGGUACCAAGGCUGGAAGACUAUGUUCAGUGAUGCUCUUAAGGCUGAACCAAUAGUAAAAGACAAAUUCAAGCUUGCACUGAGUUACAUGAAUCAUGCAGUAACCGGGAAAUUUCAACCACCCGGCCCUCCACCAGGCCCACCACCAGUUCCUGCUGCUACCUAUCUUGGCCCAAUUCCACCAGAGAGAACAGCGUCUCCACUACGUACAGCAGGUGUUACGACCACAAGCGUGCCCAGCAGUUUCAAAGACCUCGUUGAGAAAAAGGCAGCCGAAAAUGGACUCAUAUUCCUCCCAAUUCCUAAUCGUACAUAUGAGGCCAAACAGGUGUAUAAAUUUGGCAAUGCAGUCAUGUAUUUAGAUAGGAGCGUUAUAUUUGUACAGGAGAUGUCACCAAUACCUAGAUGGGUGCCUAUGUCAUUAAAUGCUUUAGUGACUCGUGCAACAUAGCACAACAAAUCAGUUUAAGGAUCUUACGGGAUAUGCUGAUAGGAGGAAGCUCAUGCCGAAAGCUGUGUUUUUAAUGUACCGAUACUUACUUUGUUCACUCUGUAUGCUGGACAAGAAAUAAGAACUCAUCGACAAAUAUUUUUUUAAUAUUGCAUCGAAUGAGAGACUGUGAAAUUAUUAAGGAUUACUACUCGAAUUAGCACUUCACCAAGAAAAAUAAUAAUGAACAUUGUGCCAGUGAAAUAUUU